AUGAAGAAACUUAGUACCACCUGGCGUCACCAGAAGCCAUUUAAUUCAAAUAAGCCAGGUGCUUCUACAGAAAGUGAACAACCAUGUCAAGCUGUGGGCAGGAGAUGUUUAGGGAGGUUCCCGAUAGCUUCAUCAGUGGUUUUGAAAACAGUUGUAAACAUUGUCCCUGAAACUGACACAGUAGGUAUUGCCCCUUGCAGAAUGGAUGAAGAUAGCACAGAGGACACUCAGUUUUCAGAUUCAUUGGAUGCUGACUUAUUAAAAGCAUUUGAAGAGGAGGAAAAAGCUCUAGCUGGCAUAUACGAACCACACAAAGAGCCAGACAUAAUUUCAUCAUCAAACUCUGAAUUGUCAAGAGAAACAGAAAAUGCUGAAAACUUUACAGCAACUGUAGAGCCUGCUUUGAGUAGUAAGCUGGGUAGCAAGCGAAAAUAUAUUAAGACAUCUAUGGAGCACACUGCAAAAAUAGGUUCAAAUGCAGAUUGUGAUAAGCAGCAAGUUAUUCGUUUUCUCAGAACAACUGUAGGCUCAAAUGUUAGUCCUACAAGCAGUCCUAUGGACAAGCGACCAAAAUGCUCAGUGGCAUCCACCACAAGAAUUACACGUUCAGGUAGUAAAAGCAAUUCAGAUAGGAGUCAGUCUUCUAAACCUUUAGCUUCAUCAGCUGUAGCAGGCAAACUCAGUGGUCUUGUAUCUACAGUUAAAAAAUCAGCAGUUAAGGGAAAUGAGGUUUGUUCUUUAAAUGAUAGUUUUAGUGGAAAUACCAGUUUAAAUUUAUCUGAUUUCAGUUUUUCGCCAUUGUCUCUUGGUGGAGAUGCAGAUAUGUUUAAUAGUAGUGAAGAUGAAACCUCAAAUUCUAAAAGCACUGGUAAUAGAGAUUUGAUGAAUAAUGACAAGUGCCGCAAUAACAAAUCAGGUGCAGUCUUACACCAGAGGCGGCUGUUUGAUCAUUCUUGUAAAAAUGUAAAACAUCCUACAAUUGUACAGAAAGAUGUUGAUAAUACUAACUGUCAUAAUAAGCUAAGUGUGAACACAGUAACAAAGAAAAAUGAAUUUUCAGUUAUAUCUCAGAAUCAGUCACCACAAAAUCAAUUUCAGGCCACCGAAAAUGUGAAUACACAAAAUGUAAGAUCACAAGGCGGAGAUCAGUCAGGUAGAACUACCUCACCGUCACCAAUUAAUAAACCAGCUAAACAACUUGAAAACCACACAGAGUGUAAUCAGCGUGUACUCACAGCUUUUGAGAAUGCUAGCAAUUCUAACAAUAAUAACAGUAUAAAUAAGGUAAACAGAUUCCGAAAAUUGCAUAACCAGCAGAAAAAUAUCCAGCUUGUUGACGAAAGACAAACAUGUGUACCUUUCCUUGAAGAGAGUCAGGAUCAAGUGGGCAGAGGUGUGCUGCCAGAGAAUAUGGAAAGCUGCAGGAAGCAACAACCUACAUUAUUGACUUCAGGAAGUGGAAGUAACAGUUUGACAGUUGACAAGAGGCAGUUAAGCUCAUGGGGUCUGCCUGAGCCUGUUUUAGAAGCAUAUAGAAGUCAAGGAGUGCUGACUAUGUUUGAAUGGCAAGCAGAAUGCCUGCUCACUGGCAACGUACUGGACGGAGGUAACUUAGUUUAUUCUGCUCCCACAAGUGCAGGAAAGACACUGGUGGCUGAACUGCUCAUUCUUAAAAGAGUUCUGGAGUCAAGGAAAAAGGCUUUGUUUAUCCUCCCAUUUGUGUCGGUGGUUAGAGAGAAAGUAUACUCACUACAGCGACUAUACCAGGAUGCUGGUGUUAGAGUUGGGGGCUUCAUGGGCAGCCAUUCCCCACCAGGUGGCUUCUCUCACAUACACAUUGCGGUGUGCACCAUAGAGAAGGGCAACAGUCUCAUCAACAGACUCAUGGAAGAGGGUAAACUAGGAGAGUUAGGUGCUGUGGUGAUUGAUGAGCUGCAUAUGGUGGGAGAUUCACACAGAGGGUAUUUGCUGGAACUGAUGCUGACAAAACUGGCUUAUAUUACUCAGAGGUCAAAAGAGGAAUCCACCCACUGUCCAGUACAGAUCAUUGGAAUGAGUGCAACCCUGCCAAACCUAGCCUUGCUGGCCAAGUGGCUGAAUGCAUCACUUUACUGCACUGACUUUAGACCUGUGCCUCUGAGUGAAUAUAUUAAGAUAGACAGAAGUAUCCUCAAUGAACAGCUCGUUGUACAGAGAGAGAUUCCGGCUGACCUAAUCUCACCUGAUGAUGCCGACCAUGUGAUUGCCUUAUGUCUAGAGACAGUUGGUGGGGGGCACGGAGUUCUAGUGUUUUGUCCCACAAAGAAUUGGUGUGAGAAACUGUGUGAAGCAGUCGCUCGGAAGUUAUACACUCUAUUUUCCAAUAAACAGGAAAUUAAUAGAGGAACUAAAACAGAUGACACAGACAGCAUUAGCAUACUGGAAUUAAAGAUGAACUUAGACAAAAGUAGCCUUGUGGACACUGUAGAGCAGUUGAAGAGAAGUCCAGCAGGGUUGGAUCCUAUGCUGGGAAAGUGUGUUCUCCAAGGGGUGGCAUACCACCAUGCAGGUCUGACAUUUGAUGAGAGAGACAUAAUCGAAGGUGCUUUUCGGCAAGGUCAUUUGAAGAUUCUUGUUGCAACAUCAACCCUGUCAUCGGGUGUCAACUUGCCUGCUAGACGGGUCAUCAUUAGAUCACCAAUGUUUUACGGGAAGGUCAUUGACACUCUGACUUACAAGCAGAUGGUUGGCCGAGCUGGAAGGAAAGGCAUUGAUACCAAGGGGGAGAGCAUUUUGAUCUGCAAGCCAACAGAAAAGAAUAUGGGCAAGAAACUAAUGGAGUCAAGUCUGCCAUCUGUGAAGAGUUGUCUUCACUUUGACACUAAAGAGGGAUUGACUGGGAGUCUCAAAAGGGCAAUUCUGGAGGUUGUUGUAAGCGGUGUUGCACCAACUCCUGGGGAUGUGAUUACAUACAUCAACUGCACUUUAUUAUCUGCAUCUCUGUCAGAGGAUACCCAGAGAAAUUUGAAAACAGCUCUGGUUGACAGCUGCAUCCAGUUUUUGCAAGAUAAUGAGUUUGUCACUGUGAACAUCACAUAUAAUGAAGAUGGCACAGAGAUAAGAAAGUUCUACCCCACCCAGCUUGGGUCAGCCAUUCUUGCUUCAUCACUUUCUCCUGAUGAAGGACUUUUGAUUUUUGCAGAAUUACAGAAAGCUCGCCGAGCUUUUGUCUUGGACACAGAACUACAUAUUAUUUACCUGGUAACUCCAGUAUACGCAGCCAAUGUGUCCACUUCUGUAGAUUGGUAUCACUAUCACCACCUGUGGGAAACUUUGACCCCUGCUGACCGCAGAGUGGCAGAUCUCGUAGGCAUAUCUGAGUCUUUCAUUGCCAGGGCUAUUCAAGGUAGAAUUGGUGGAAAAACGGAAGUCCUGAGAAGAUCACUAGCCAUACAUCUGAGAUUUUAUACAGCCCUCAUUCUCAACAGUUUGGUUCAAGAGUGCCCCCUGAUGGAAGUUGCUGCCAAGUUUCACUGCAACAAAGGUCAGCUGCAGUCCCUUCAGCAGUCAGCCUCUACUUAUGCAGGAAUGAUCACAGUCUUUUGUGGUCGUUUGGGCUGGCACAAUCUGGAGCUUAUACUUUCACAAUUUCACAAGCGGCUAUCAUUUGGUGUGCAACAGGAGCUAAUAGAUUUAGUGCGUAUCUCAGCUCUGAAUGCAACCAGUGCAAGAAUGCUGUACAAUGCUGGAUACCACACAGUUACUGAUGUUGCAAGAGCAGAGUCAGCAGAUAUUGAAAACCUCUUCAAAAAUGCUGUUCCUUUUCAAAGUGAGAAGCGACAAGAUGGAGAGACAGACUGGGAGCUGAAGGAACGUCGCCGUGCCCGGUGUAUCUGGCUGACAGGAAGAAAAGGUGUCACAGAGCUUGAUGCUGCCAUGGCAAUUAUUGACGAGGCCAAGGUUAUAGUUCAGGGUGAUUUAGGGGUUAGUGACAUAGUCUGGGGAGCAAAGAACAACAUGGAGGAAGAACUGAAUGCAGAUGAGGAAGAGAGUUCAGUUACCGAGGAUUAUACAGAAGUUUCUGGCACUAAGGAGUUAGGAAAUCAGAAUGUUCAGAAAACACCUCUUAACCAUAGGUCACAGUGCUGUGAUUUUAAAAUGAAGGGAAACACAGUAGGCACUGAAAGUAAGAACACACAUAAUACAGGUAAUGAAGGCAGAGAAAUGCCAAAACAAGAGGAAGAACUUAGCAGUUCUGUUGGAAGUAGUCCAUCAGGUCAUAGGCAGCUAUGUGCAGAUCUGACACAGAGAAAGUCUCUGUCAAACAACCGGAGAAAUAGCAACAUUAGCUUCAGGAAGAGUUUUAAUCAUAGUAGAAGUAAAGACAGAUCGUUCUUCGGCCAGGUUGUUGUGAGUCCCCCAGUGAGUGUCAGGGUUCAAGUGAAUACUCCUCUUCAUAGCUCUGUAAGUGAAAGAACUGCAUGUGCUAAGGUCACCUGUGAGAAGACCACAACAGUCAUUCAGAAGAAAGAUACUGCGGAUGAAAAUGAGAGGUCAAGGGAGGCUACUCUACAAAGGAAAAAUAGACAUGAUUUGCAGUUAAUAAAAGAUGGAGAUGCUAUACCAUCAAUGUCUUUUCACUCUGGUUCUGCUGCUGUUGCAGCUGCCGUUAUAAAUACAUCAAGUGUUUCAGCUAUACCUUUUGUUACUGAAUACACCAAGAAAUGUUUAGUUGAGACUCCUAAUGUAUCUUUCCAAGUGAUGAAUUCAAACAAAUUAAAAGAGGGGACAUUCGUUGAUGAUAGUAUUUUUUUGGCUGAUGAUAGUAUUUCUUUCAGUGACAGUUUCAACAUAGACACCCAGACAGCAAAUAUUUUCAGUCAUAAUGGACAAGAAGCAGAACAUAAGGAGCAGACACAUGCAAAGUUGAAUAAUGUUAGUUCUCCAACAGGAAGGUUCAAAAUCUCAAUUUCAGAAUCAGAUGCAAGAUUUAAUCAGACAUCAGCAGGUUCAACAGUUAAUAAGCUGAUUAAAAAUACUGACUGUGUCAGUGCUGCAGUAACUGCUGCCCCUUCCAUAGACAGUAUAUAUAAAACCUUGGCUUCAGAUUAUGAACAUGCAGGGCAAAACACACCACUGAAAUCUGACCUAAAUAUCAGCUCUGAAAAUGUCAAUAAACAUCUUUCAGAAACAUUAUUUGAUUCAGCAGAAAAGCUGCCUGUGCAAAAUCCAACUACGUUUAUUGGAAGUACUCCAAAGAGGUCGACAGCAAAGUCAGUUCAUUGUCUUCAAUAUCACCUUGAAAAUGUGGUAGUAAUGAAUACAGCAGUUGCUUCAACUUCAAGAAAGUUUAGCCAUGAAGCUAAAGAAACUUGGCCUUGGUCUGUUAUGCAGUCUGAAAGAACGACAAAUAAGAACAUAGAUUACUGCAGUGAUGAAGAAGAUAUAUGUACAUCACUAAUUGCAGCUAGCAAUUUUGAAAGACUCACACAUUUAGAUGAAGGAAUUUUAGAAGAAAACACACAUGAAGAAUUAGAUUUCUCCAGUGCAGAUUUUCAUAUAAUUGAUACAGAAGUUGAUAAUGUUCCAGAGAACAAUCCUGUUGACUGUAGCGAGAAGAACGGCCAUGGAAGGAUCCUGAGAGAUGGCUCUCAUCUGGAUUCUGAGCAUGUAGUUUCAUGUUCUGAAAUUGAUGAUGCAGCAAGUAUAAGUGGUAGGUUGUUGCAAUUACACAAAACUGUUCCUCGGAAUUCAACUCCAGUUGCUGCUGUAAAUGUUAGAAGGCAGAAUUCUCAACGUGUUCAACAGACUGAUUACAUAUGUAAAGAUCAAAGAAAUAAGCAGUAUUUUGGAGAGAGCAAACAGAUAAAUAAAGAAGAACAGAGUGAACAAGGUCUUACAAAGACAAUCAACCCAACAGGACCAAGCAGUGGAUCAGGGAUAGAUACCUGUUUUUCUGAUUCUUUUAGUUCCUCUCUAAUGGAUAAAAUAAUGGCAGAGUGUGAGUUUGCAUCAAAGUCUCAGGAGAGGAAACAUUGUGAAUCUCAUAAGAAUUCUGCUGUAAAUUUCAAUGAAAACUACAAUAUUUCUAAACACAGCUUCACAUAUGGAGAAACUAAUAUUGACAGCAGCUUAAAUAAUACACCCACAGGAAACCGAAAACAUAGCAUCGAACCAGUAUCUAACAAUUCAUCAGUAAAUGAUGGAAGUGACUGUGUUCCACCGACUCCACCUGAUAAAUCACUCACUGGUCUGUCAUCAUUUAAAGUAACCUUCUUUUCUCCAUUAAAACCAAAUAUUCCAGGGACAUGUGACUCCAUUUUGAUACCUAAAAGAGCAACUCCUAAAUUCAUUACCAAUAUAAAAGACAAAGAAAACUUUACUAUCAUUAAAGACCCAAAAAAUAAAACUGCAUGUCCCUUGAAUAAUGUGGACAAUCAUACAGUUCACCAGGUUUCAGAAAAAUCCACAGCAGAUUGCCAGUUUUCUAAAUGCAUCCAAAGCUCACCUUCUACUCACAAACGUACUCAUGAGAAAAACAAAUCCAGUGUCAACCCUUCAGAACCAGACAGUGGUCAGAAUAAUUUGUUUGAAUCUGUAUUUCCAAAUCACAGUCAGCGCUCUUCUAUAAUGCUUACGCAGCAGUCGUUCACAAUUAUUGAUGUCUGUGCCAACAGGCAGCUUUUUCAAACAUUUCUUGCAGAGCUCAAGUCGCAGCCAUACUAUGCUCUUUCUGUCGCAUGUGAAAAGAAACCACCUGAAGGGCCUCAAAGAAAGGCAUCUGAGAUUGGUGGCAAGUUUAUCAGAAAGAAAACUUCUCCAUCAGUAUGCAAAUCUACAGUGGCAGUUGGUAUACCAGUUCCAGACAGUGAUGCAUUUAUUGUUGGCUUGGCUUUCUCCUGGGAAAACAGGGAUUCUUACUUUGUGAGCCUCAUGCCAGCUGGCACUGCCUCAUUAGAAUCUCACCCAGAUGAUACGUUAGCUGAGCCUCCGCUUGAUGAAACAGUGUCGCAGCAUGAGAGAGUCACUUCUGUUUUAGCGGUGCUGGGUCAUCAGUCAGCUGGCAACAAACAAACAAUUGCAGUUUACGAUAGCAAGGCUGCUUAUGUUUGUCUGGCUAAAGCACUUGGGCUUUCCUUGCCUCAAUGUGAGGACCCUUGUGUUGCUGACUGGCUAAGAGAACCCGAUGCCAAGCUGAAGAACCUUCAUCACAUGGUAGUGACUUACUGUUCUGAGGAACUUGGCUUGCUGGAUGCUGUUGGUGGCAUAGCUGGUUACCAGAGCAUGGGCAGUGACAUCAAGAGUCGAGUGAAUGGAAGACUGCGGGCUUGUACAGAAAGUGUCCUGACACAGAAGCUGAUGAACAGAUUUCACGGAUUGUUGACAGAUGAAAAUUUACUGACUGCGUUCACUGAUGUGGAAAUGCCUAGCAUAGUGACCUUGGCUAGAAUGGAGCUCAAUGGUUUUGGAAUCAGCGAGUCAGAGAUUGACAGGCAGAAAGCCUUGUUAACUGCAAAGCUGAAUAUUCUUGAAGCACAAGCUUACCAGAUGGCUGGGCAUGUGUUCUCCUUAACUUCAACCACUGAUAUAGCCACAGUAUUAUAUCAAGAACUAAAGCUGCCUAUCAAUGGAGAUACAACAGUGGUGGCCCGUUUGCCAGCUCACACUCGAAGAAGCACACGGAUUCCUGUUGGUGGUACCAGCAAGGAGAUUCUGGAAAAGCUGCAGAAGGUUCACCCACUGCCUGCAGUGAUUCUGGAGUGGAGACGUCUUAGUUCAGCUCUCACCAAAUCAUUGUUUGCACUAAAGCGAGCUGCACGGCACUGUCCUAAACUGGGAAUGUUUCGAGUAUACGGGGAUUGUCAGAUUUUUACUUCAACGGGGAGAGUCAGCAUGGCUGAGCCAAAUCUGCAGAAUGUCCCGAAAGAUUUUGCAGUAGAUGUGCCCAGUAAGGUAUCAACUGUGAAUCAGAGCAGACAUGAAACCAGUGAUUUGUACCAGACUCGCGCUGUUGCUCCUGUAAGCAUGAGAAAGAUGUUUGUUCCCUUCAAAGGCGGUGUUAUUUUGGCUGCUGAUUAUUCUCAGCUGGAGUUGAGAAUCAUUGCUCAUCUUUCUGAAGACUCGAGGCUGAUAACCAUCCUAAACACAAAGGAUGGAGAUGUGUUUAAGAUAAUUGCAGCUCAGAUGAAAGGAUUGGACAUUGUAGAGGUGUCUAAUGAACAUAGACAGCAAGCCAAACAGGUCUGCUACGGAAUGCUGUAUGGCAUAGGGCCAAAAGCUCUUGGUGAACAGCUGGGAAUGGAUGAAAAUGAUGCUGAUGCCUUCAUGGAAACAUUCAAGUCACGAUACCCAGGAAUUAGAAAAUACCUAAAACAUACCGUGGAAUUUUGUCAAAAGAAUGGAUACGUGAAAACCUUAUUCAACAGAAGACGUUACUUGCCUUCCAUCAAAGACACCAACCCUCAUGCUCGAUCACAAGCUGAGAGACAGGCAGUCAACACCACCAUUCAGGGCUCAGCUGCAGACCUGGUCAAGAUUGCCAUGACCAAUAUUGACAGAACAAUAAUGGAUUUGUUCCCAGAUGCUCGGUCAUGUCACACACAGUGGCUACCAUCACCAGAUAAAUCUGCCAGACAGAACAAGACGACACCUAGUGUCACUGGAGCAUUCUUGGUUCUCCAGCUUCAUGAUGAACUUAUUUAUGAGGUGUCAGCCAAUCAAGUGCAGGAUGUGGCCAGACUUGUGAAACACCACAUGGAAGGAGCAGUGAAACUCAGCGUUUGUAUGCCUGUAAAAAUUAAAGUUGGACCAAGCUGGGGUGAACUGCAGGAUUAUGAUGUUCUAGACUAA